GUGUUUAUUCUUCCCUAUACGAAACUAUCCUCCCAGAAUAAGCCAUGUAUAAAUAGGCCACUUAAUCUCAAGUUUUAGCAGCAGAUCAAACCAACCAAACAAACUCACAUAGUCACUUAGCAGUCACUCUAGAAACCCUCCAACCAAAAUUCCAAUUGCAGCACAGCAAUGGACUUGAAACCAUUGAUUGCAGACAAGCCAGUGGUGAUCUUCAGCAAGAGCAAUUGCUGCAUGAGCCACACAGUGAAGGCUCUGAUAUGCAGCUUUGGUGCCAACCAUGCAGUUAUUGAGAUUGACAAAAUGGUAAGUGGCCAACAAGUAGAGAGUGCACUUCUCCAGCUAGGUUGCCGCCCCAGUGUGCCUGCAGUGUUCAUAGGACAAGAAUUCAUAGGUGGUGCUGAUGAAGUAUUCAAACUAAAUGUUCAAAACAGGCUUUCCCAAUUGCUGCUCAAGGCUAAAGCCAUAUUUCUCUGAAGUUGCAAACCCGAGCACCCCAUAUGAUCAAAUAAGAGGUUCUAAUUAGUUUUUUCUAAGCUAUGAGAACUAGCUCUGCGAGGCAGUUUAGUAUAGAGAGUCUUCUUCUAGUUCUGGCCAUGCUCUUGUAUUCUCCAUUUUUCCUUUGUGUUCUUUUGUGCAGCAGAACAGCACUACUCUUUCUUUUGUAUAUUAUUGCAGACCAGGCUUUAACCAGACAUGGUUUGGCCAUUUCAUCGUGUAAUUCUCACCCGUUAAUAAUCUCAUUUUCAGUUCUGUGGACA